ACGAACCACGUACCACGAACCACGAAACGAGCUUGCCUGUCCAUAAAGCGUCCUAAUGUCAAUAGUCGCAGCACAGAUCCCAUAACAGUCGUCCGUUAACCAGAUUUGGGGCAUGUCCAACACAACCGAGUCCGGUCGAAAGAUUGUGUGUAGUCCCUGUCGGGCGCGGAAGAAGCGAUGCGAUGGUCAGCAUCCGGUCUGCUCUUCUUGUCGCCAACGAAAAGUUCGCUGUCGAUAUCCAAGCGUCUCCACGUCUCCCCAAUCAAUAGUGGAUCCAAUAUUCAUUGACGUUGGACAUGACCCGCCCCCGAGUCCUUGGUCUAUGGCAUUUACAUCGCUAUUGCCGGGGCCGACACCUGCCAUAGAUUCAACUACCCAGAACCCCGUGGACCCAUCGGCAUUUGAGUUCAACAAUGUCUUUCCGUCUUCGAGGGCCAUCCAAAGCCUUGCCUCAACCAUAAGUAUGGAUUCCCAGCCGAUGCUUCCCUGGGCUAUUGAAGAAGAGCAGAACGGCAUUACCUGGCAGCCACAUUGGCCGGAUGGCUUUUCAAGUCAUUACUUCAACCUCGGCACGCCACUCAAUGAAACCCUCAACCAAACUCAGUCUGUGGGAUCUAGUAAUUUGGCAAUAGAAGCCACAUCUUUACCGGACCGAACCGAGCUGAUAGAGCUGGCUGACGUGUACUUCCGCCGAGUCCACCACUUUCUGCCGAUCCUCCAUAGGUCGACUUUUCGGGAUUCCCUAGACAAAAUGAAUACCGAGGGCCAUUCAUCCGCUCUCAUCUUUGCUGUCAUAUCUCUCGCAACUUGUGAGCGACAGGAAAGUUCGGUGAUAGCUUCGAGGGUUCGGUGGUACAAGGAAGCUAAAGAGAAAUACGCUUCGACCGAUCACUUACCUACCCACCCACUCUCUACUCUACAGGCUGCUGUCUGUCUCAUAUUCCAAGGGAUGAUGAUCAACGACUUCAAUUCGGCCUGGCUUACUCUCGGAAAGGCUUGGAGGCAGGUCGUAGCCCUAGGCUACCAUCGGCUGGACGGCGACUAUGGCAAAGCUAUGCCGAGCGCGCCUCCAUUACCCCAAGAUUGGAUUCAACGAGAAUCAAUUCGAAGAGUCAUAUGGACUCUUUAUAUUCUUGACCGUGGGCUAUGUUUUCCCGUUGGCCUCGUGCACAACAUAGAAGACAGGUAUGUUAAUGUGAACUUGCCUAUGGACGAGGACCAGUUUCAGCAAUCAAUCCGUGACGACAAGGCGACAGUCGUUCAAUUCACAUCCUCUCUCAACAAAUUACUCAACUCUGUUCGCACAGUAGCAACCCGAACGAAGCGUGAGAACGGGUUGCACUACAUGAUACUAGCAUAUAUGCUAUUAGGCCAUAUUGUAGCUCAUUAUCACCACUCCGAUAACUUAGACCACAGUGAGAAGGAGAUAGGCUUCCGUCAACUCGAAGGCUGUCUCGUUAAUCUGAGACUGUGCCUUCCACGAUCGGUCACUAGCCUCUCAGCCGCGCCAUUUGAACACCUGAGGAGUAUUGUGUGGUUGAACGUUGUUAUGAGCAUCAAUACCAUCUUCCUAUACCAUGGCAAGGACGCGGAUGAUAAUAGCACUGGAGUCACACACUGGCAUUAUUGUCUCACGGCGGCUCGCAAUACAGUCGCCUUGAUUCGAGAGGCAGGAGCUAUCUCGACAGAUCUGCUGCUCAAUCCACAUAUUGCGUCAGCCCUCUUCUGCAGCUCCCGUAUACUCAUCAUCGAAUAUCUGGUGCCGACUCAAUCAAGCGACACCGCCAACAGAACGGAUGGCGGACUUUUAACGCCGAUGUUUAAUCCAGGCAUCCCCUUGACCUCGCAGGCUUUGGAGUUGCCGACUAAAGAUCUUUCUCUGCAACAAGACCUCGACCUCACGAUUCUCGUGUUCGAACGGCUAGCCGAAGCGUUUGGCCCUAUAGGCAUUAAAUUCAAGAAGGGUGUGAUGUUUUAUCUGCACCAGGACGUGGAAAUUGCAACUCAACUCAAGCAAAAUGGCAUCAAGGACAUCAUGUCUAGAUGUGCAUCGUGGGGCGCGGGACCACCGGGCUUUGUGGUUGUUCCAUAAUCACAUCACAGACUCAGCAUACUCUCUUCCGAGCUUUCUGAGCAUAUGGCGUACAGAAAGUAAACGUUCAUCGUGUUAAACCUUCACUACAAAUAAUGCACUUCAGGCAGUUCUUUAUUGCAUUCGUUUUCGUUCUUCGUACAAAGAUACGAUUUGAACCAAUCGUCUCCCACCGUUGCAUUUGAAAGUACUUUCGGGCACAAACAUAUCCUGCAUACAGUACAAAUAAGCUUCGGCGAGCUCCUCAGGUUGACCUACAGGGUUUUUCAACGUAGCCUCUCGAAAACCUCUCAAUAUCCGGUCUUUCUGGGUCCCAAGAAGCUC